UUUCCCGUUAUCUUCUACGGCCUCGCUCGACGCCCUUCUUCCUCUCCAAAUCCAAAUCGCCGAGCCAUGAAAUUCUACUCCCUUCACCAAUCAAAUCGCUGAUGGAUUUGCUUUUCGUCCCCGCUUCCUUCUCUCCCACGACCCUCGUUGUCAAACCCUCCGUCCUCCUCUCCCCUCGCGCUUCCCAUAAGCCACCGCCGGAAGCUGCAGCAGCCGCCGCCGCGCCGCUAUCCUCCGCCACCAUUCGCCGCCCCCUGAACCCUCCAUUCCGGCAAACAUCCCCUGUUGAGCCUGACACCGCCCCUUCGACCGCUCUUAAACCCUCCACCACCAACCCCUUGGCACCGAAGCUCUGGCUUUCCAGUAAGCUCUCUCCUCCACCUCCUCCUCCGCCGCUGCCACCGACCCCUCCGGUGGAAACCCUGCCAUCGGAUUCCGAUGUCGAAGGUCCCCCCUCGCCUGCUGUUAAUCCCGAUUCCAUGGCCGACACUGCCAAAUAUCGUGUUAAAGGAAAGAUUUUUGUGGGGAAUCUGCCGCGGUUGGACGACGGGAGUCAGCAGAGGGCGAGGAAGGAAGAGAAAAUGAACUGGGUAGCAGGGUCGGAUCGUAGGGAGUACAAGUCGAAGUGGCAUGUGGAGAGGGGGAAUGCUAGCAAUAGAUUUGUGAAGGUUUUGGACACUAAGCCAGAGGUUUGGCAAGCGGUAGUGUCGGCGUUUGAUAAAAUACCGAAGCCCUCUUUAGGAGAUUAUCUCUUGAUGGUCAAGUAUUAUGCCAGAAGAGGUGAUAAACAUCAUGCACGAGCAACUUUUGAGAGCAUGAGAGCAAGAGGAAUUGAACCAGAUGAACGCAUAUUUACAAGCCUUGUUCACGCUUAUGCAGUUGCCAGAGAUAUGCAUGGGGCUUUGUCUUGCGUUGAUGAAAUGAAGACUGAGGGUGUUGAGUUGACUUUGUCUUGCUAAAGUCCUCGAUGCUGAAUCUGCAGAUAUCUACUUCAAAGAGGCAAAGCAAUAGUUUUCUUCCUUGAAUGGCGGCGUAAUAUACAGCAACAUCAUUUACGCACAUUGUCAAAGUGACAACAUGUCUCAAGCUGAAGUUUUGGUUCGAGAAAUGGAAGAACAAGGAACGGAUGUUUCUAUUAACAUAUAUCACACAAUGAUGGAUGGUUAUACCAAUAUUCGAGAUGAGAAGAAAUGUUUAAUUGUGUUUGAUAGGCUUAAGGUAACGAAACAUUCUGUAUAUUUGUAUUCUAAUUCAUGGAAUUUUUAUUUUUUUUCUUGUUUUUGGUCUGAAGAUUUGGAGUCAAUUCACAUAUCUUGUAUCCUCAUGCAUUUCUUGCUACA